ACGGAACCUCACUAUUACACGACGUCAUAAAGCAUUAGAUUAGGGCGACGAUUUAGAAAAUACUUUGACACUUUCUAUAUUUUACAAUAAAUAAAUUGCUGGAUUAAUAUCACUGUGGCUAUUUCUUACACAAAAUACUUGUGUUUCUUAAGUUUUAACCUUUUGUUGAUUUAAAUCAUAUCAGAAUGUACCCCGUUGGUCAAGCUCCAGCGGGGGACACGAAUGCUGGAGCAGUGAGUGUUGCGGGGGCAGUGACCGCGGCAGCGAGCACUACUGGUGCAGCGCCCGGAGUCCCCAGCACUGCCCCCGCGACAGGGGCGACCGCUCCCGGCGCGGCGGCCGGGGCGGGCGCCAUGAGCCUCGUGUCGCCUGCGGCCCCGCUGGCCGAGCUACCGACACUCACCUGCCCGCGUCGCCCUAACCUCGGCCAUGAAGGAAGGCCGAUUAUGCUUCGAGCUAACCACUUCCAAAUAUCAAUGCCUAGAGGAUUUGUUCAUCAUUAUGAUGUCAAUAUUCAACCAGAUAAAUGUCCUAGAAAGGUCAAUAGAGAAAUUGUUGAAACCAUGGUUCAUUGUUACAAUAAAAUAUUUGGAGCGCUCAAACCUGUGUUUGAUGGCAGAAAUAAUCUUUAUACCAGAGAUCCCUUGCCAAUUGGUAAUGAUAAAGUUGAGUUGGAGGUUAUAUUGCCCGGGGAGGGCAAGGACCGAGUGUUCCGUGUCAGCAUCAAAUGGGUUGCACAGGUGUCACUGUUUGCUCUAGAAGAGGCUUUGGAAGGUCGAACAAGACAGAUCCCCUAUGAUGCUAUACUAGCUUUAGAUGUUGUUAUGAGACAUCUCCCUUCAAUGAUGUAUACUCCUGUUGGACGCUCAUUUUUCUCAUCUCCUGAAGGGUAUUAUCACCCUCUUGGUGGCGGCCGAGAAGUUUGGUUUGGUUUCCACCAAUCUGUGAGACCUAGUCAGUGGAAAAUGAUGCUAAACAUUGAUGUUUCUGCUACUGCCUUCUACAAAGCACAGCCAGUCAUAGAGUUUAUGUGUGAAGUACUUGACAUACGAGACAUUAAUGAUCAAAGAAAGCCAUUGACAGACUCCCAGAGAGUGAAGUUUACAAAGGAAAUCAAGGGACUGAAGAUAGAAAUCACUCAUUGUGGUACAAUGAAGAGGAAGUAUAGAGUGUGUAAUGUGACCCGAAGACCUUCACAGAUGCAAUCAUUCCCUCUACAGCUGGAAAAUGGACAAACAGUAGAAUGUACUGUAGCUAAAUAUUUCUUGGACAAGUAUAAGAUGAAACUGCGCUACCCACAUUUACCAUGCCUGCAAGUAGGUCAGGAACAUAAACACACAUACCUACCUCUGGAGGUGUGCAACAUUGUGCCAGGACAAAGAUGCAUAAAGAAACUAACGGAUAUGCAAACAUCUACUAUGAUCAAGGCAACAGCACGCUCAGCCCCAGACAGGGAACGGGAAAUCAAUAACCUAGUGCGGCGAGCAAAUUUCAACACUGACUUGUAUGUGAAGGAGUUUGGUCUAACUAUCUCGAAUAAUAUGAUGGAGGUGCGUGGCCGAGUGUUGCCGCCGCCCAAGCUACAAUAUGGGGGCCGAGUCUCAUCACUGGGUGGUCAGCAGGCGUUGCCUAACCAAGGUGUUUGGGAUAUGAGAGGCAAGCAGUUCUUCAUGGGGGUUGAGAUUCGCGUGUGGGCUAUAGCUUGCUUUGCGCCCCAGCGGACUGUCAGAGAAGACGCUUUGAAGAAUUUCACUCAGCAACUGCAGAAGAUAUCGAAUGACGCUGGUAUGCCUAUUAUAGGUCAGCCAUGUUUCUGUAAAUACGCGACGGGGCCUGACCAAGUGGAGCCCAUGUUUAAGUAUCUCAAGAGUACAUUUGUGCAGUUGCAACUUGUUGUUGUUGUGUUGCCUGGAAAAACACCCGUAUAUGCCGAAGUAAAGCGAGUGGGAGAUACCGUCCUAGGUAUGGCGACCCAGUGUGUUCAAGCUAAAAACGUUAACAAGACAUCGCCGCAAACAUUAAGCAAUUUAUGUCUCAAGAUUAACGUGAAGCUUGGUGGCAUUAACUCUAUACUUGUGCCGUCGCUACGUCCAAAGGUGUUCAACGAGCCGGUGAUCUUCCUGGGUGUGGACGUGACGCACCCGCCGGCGGGCGACAACAAGAAGCCCUCCAUCGCGGCCGUGGUGGGCUCCAUGGACGCGCACCCCUCGCGCUACGCCGCCACCGUGCGCGUGCAGCAACACAGCGAGGGCAGGUGUGCGAGUUGCACCGACUCAUCACCGUUAGGGUUUUAUAAACAAGAGAUAGUCCACGAAAUGAGCAGCAUGGUGCAGGAGUUGUUGAUAAUGUUCUACAAGAGCACGGGCGGGUUCAAACCGCACCGCAUCAUCAUGUACCGCGACGGUAUCUCCGAGGGACAGUUCUUACACGUGUUGCAACACGAGCUCACCGCAGUCCGAGAAGCUUGUAUCAAGUUGGAAGCGGAAUAUAAGCCGGGUAUCACGUUCAUCGUGGUACAGAAGCGUCACCACACCCGCCUGUUCUGUGCGGACAAGAAGGAGCAAUCCGGCAAGUCGGGCAACAUCCCCGCCGGUACUACUGUCGACCUCGGCAUUACCCACCCCACUGAGUUUGACUUUUAUCUAUGCAGUCAUCAAGGAAUACAGGGCACGUCGCGGCCGUCGCACUACCACGUGCUGUGGGACGACAACCACUUCGGGUCGGACGAGCUGCAGUGCCUGACGUACCAGCUGUGCCACACGUACGUGCGCUGCACGCGCUCGGUGUCGAUCCCGGCGCCCGCGUACUACGCGCACCUGGUGGCGUUCCGCGCGCGCUACCACCUGGUGGAGAAGGAGCACGACUCGGGCGAGGGCAGCCACCAGUCGGCGUGCAGCGAGGACCGCACGCCCAUCGCCAUGGCGCGCGCCAUCACCGUGCACGCCGUCACCAAGAAGGUCAUGUAUUUCGCUUAACCCGCCCCGUCUCGCCGCAGAGCCGCACGAACUCGCGUCCGGGUCCGUAUCAGGAUCGCGUGCCUCUCCUAGUAAAACCGGCAGCUGUGAGCAGCGCAGCUCGUUGCGGCCAGUGAGUUGGUAUGGCUCGGGUCAGCGGGCGGUAUUCCGGUCGAGUCUCACUCGACCUCAUGCCGGGUUUAAAUAAGUCCACGUUGCAAUAUAUCGAAUGCGUUUUGAAUAAGGGAGCACUUUGCGGUAACAAUAAAAUUAAUAAUCUCGCAAACUAAAACUGUUGGGGCUUCUAUACUUUUUAAUUAUCUCAACAUGGAGAUCAUGUAUGUUGAAGUGAUAGUUAUUUAUAUCCUGCUUUGUGGAGUAUAUCAUGAGCAUGGAAUAAUAUUAUAUGAUCUCCCUGUUUUUGAGAUAGAACUCCGCCUAUUUUCUGGUUGUUUACAUCAAUGUUAAUGUCAACCAUAUUCUAUCAGGUUCUGCAUAGCCCCACUUGUUUCAUAACAUAGUCUAAUUUUUUUAUUUGUUUGUUAUGAUUUUACAAAUCCAGACGUCCCUAGACAGUUUUUACUCUUUCGUAAAGUUGUGAUAAUGGGUGAAGCAAUCAAAACUUCUAAUGUCGGAAAUAGAAAUGUAGUGAGAAGAUUGCAAUGUUCAUUGUGCAACAUUCAUUUUUAUGUUUCUUUACUGCAUAUCAUUUAUCCCUGUUAUUGACUAUAUUCUAAAAAAAGAAUUCAAUUUAGCUUUAUAAUUUGAUAAAGUGCGAUUAUUUAGAGAAGCAGUUGUUGUCCACAAUAUUUUUAUAACCAUAAAAUGUAGGAAAUGUUUUUUACCAUAUGUCAACUGUCCCAUGCCUAAUAUUUUGGUGACGUUUUUAUAAAACAAAGCAAAAAGACAAGUAUCGCAACGCAAAUAGUUUGAUUGCAUUGAUUUGAGUAUGAAAAUGCACAUUAGUUUCGGUUAUCGAUUGCAAUAGCCUAGUACGUAUGAGGCACAUCAUAUUGCACUUGUUAGACAUCAACUACGUGUAGUUCAUUUCUAAAUUUACCCUGCGCGAUUAGAAACGAAAUUUGUUUAGUUUCCGUCUCAACAGUAUCUUUUUUCUAAAACAUAUAUUUUAUACCAUUAAACAAUGCACGCACUUACGAAACGACCCUCACCUUAUGUAUAUACUUACUCAUAUAACACACAAUACACGCCAUUAUAUCAUCGUUGUAAAGAAUGUUAUUUUUAUUUUACAUUUUUAAGUUUUAUUUGUAAUUUAAGAGCUCCUUCAUAAUGUAUUUUUAGCUUUAAGUGAAGAAUUAACUAAUAUUUGGGUGAAAGCUUGGUCCCGACGUUACAGGUGGGUGACUAAUGUUUUUAUUUGUAAAGUGUGGAAGUUAAUAAACAUUUUUUACUAUUAAUUUA